AUGGGUCUAGAUGGCCAGACAAAACAAAACUAUCCCUACCAAGGAGGGACUGGCGGCAAGCCAUUUGACGACUUCCACCCAGACCGAAAAGUCAUAUCGCACAUCCGCAUCAGGGCAGACAAGACAAUUGAUGCUAUCCAGGUUGUAUACAAGGACGAUCCUGAGCCUACCCAGCUUCACGGUGGCGACGGUGGGGACGCUUACGAGUUCUACCUUGAGGAAGGUGAGACGAUUGUCGAGAUUACUGGCCGCGCCGACAAAUACAUCGACCAGCUUGUGUUCGUAGUCAGCACAGGAAGGUCAUCUCCCACCUAUGGUGGUGAUGGUGGCCAGCCUUUUAGCUGGACGGCUGAGGAUGGUUAUCAUUUCAGGCACUUCACCGGUAGGAGUGACAAGAGAGUUGACGGACUUCAACCUUUCUUCGAGGCCGAUUAA